AUGGUCACCAGCAAAGAGGCGCCUGAUCAACUAGGCUAUGGUGGUAGACACGGGUUCCACUGGUCUUUCUACGCCAUAUUAGAACGAUUCCUCCGUGGGGAUACCCCUGCUCCUGGCGGUAACCGUCAAAUUUGUAUUGAAAAUAUCAUUCUCGGCUUUCACUCCGCCGAGACGGAGCUACCAUAUCCUCCCGAUAACCUGGGGUUCGGAAUGUGGGUGGAUAAACAUGGCGGAAGCCGCCCGAUCAAUGGACAGGAACAGGAAGACGAGUCUUUGGCGUGCAAAGCACGUCCCGAGUGGCUAUUGCACUAUUUAGGAAGUUGA